UUUCAGCUCUGCGAAAAUGGCGACUCUUGGGGCACCAAAAGCGGUUUCUCCUUUAAUAAGGUUUGCACGCUAUGCUGCCUUUGGAUCAGGUCUUCUUUAUGGAAUAUUCAGGCUAAGAUCUUUGGAGAAGAAAGAAGUGGUCAUACAAGAACAUGAGAAUAAAAUUAGAGCCCAAAUUGCUGAAAGAGUUGCUAGGGAAAAGGCAAUUGCUUCCAAAGCUGAAAUGGAUGGUCUAGCCAAGGAGGCAGGUAUAGUCCCAAAAGCAUGACCUGACAGGAAUUUAGAUGAGAGACAAUAACUUAGCCGAAUUUCCUCGUAUCCCUCCUGUUUUCAUGGCAGUGGAAUCAUUUGUAGUGACAUGCAGUGAUGUGCGUCAUCAAUUUGUUCUGCAAAUUGGCUGAAUAGCCUUUCAUGUGUGUAAAUAAAACAAAGAUGUAUUGAAA